AUGUUCUGUGUCAUCUGCGGUGGACCGUGCUCCGAGGUGUUCCUCAAUCCGAGCAAGACACACUACAUACAAUUCAAUGAGUUGCCCGGGCUGUCGCACGACGAUGGCAUCUGGCUCGGUCGCUCUUUAGUGGCCGUCUAUGCGGACUGCAUAAGCCCCCCAGGGAGGUUCGAAGGCGGUGGCAGUGGCGCGGUCGUAGCGCCUCGCCGUGACGAUGAUCCCGCGGCAGUGGCGGACCAGGAGACGCUCGAGCGCGACGACCCCGUCAAUAGACCACCAAACACAAGAUCGUGCCUCCGCUCCGGCCGCUUCGAGGUCCACCUGACCACCGGACUGCUCGCGCACGAGCUUUGCCUCCGACUCGCCGUCUGCUGGGCGCGCGCCUCCCACCCUCGAUCGUUUCCUAGCGAAGGUCCGGCACUACCUGCCUGGUAUCUCUGGACCAACUCCGGGCCCGUGUGCGCAUGGGCGUUCCAGGUCCACAUAGACGACCCGGAUCUCGUCACGAUGUCGCACCUAGUCGUGAGCUCUCCCUGGACAUACCAGGCCGCCGGCAAGCCGCCGCAACGCAACUACAUCCGCAUCAUGGAGAACUUUCGCUUCGGGUACGGCGACGAGGACGAUCCAGCCGGUGCAUGGAUGGACGGGUUCGACGAGCGGAUGGAGUACGUGCACGAGGCCGACUUCGGCAUCGUCCACCUCAAGCGUCCGGACCACUUCCCCGCCGUGCACGACCUGCCCGCCGGCACGCCUGCUGCCCCUCCCGAAUCCGUCUUUCCCUACGCGUGCCCUGCGGACGUCGUGCUCCAGAUCCUGGCACGCCUCGACGGCGCCUCCCUCCGCGCGCUUGAGUGCACCUCCCGCGCGUGGCGCGACUUCCUCUGCUGCCAACUCGCGCAGCACCACGUCUGGCUCCCGCUCAUCCGCUCUUCCCGUCUUGUACCGACGGACGCGGACUGGACACGCAGCGCGGACGGAGUUAGGCAGGCACUCGCGUCGGCGGAGCGGGUUUCCGAUUGGCGGCGACAUUAUCGCGAUUGCCUGAAGAGCCCUAAUAUGCGGAACCGUGCACGGAUAGCCAGGGCUGUAUGGGCCCUGAGUCACCUCUUGGGACACUGCGGCUGCCUCCCGGGAUCUCCGUCCUGUUGUUAA